UCAAGAAUACGUAGCCAAAAUGAAUAAGUUUGUCGUCCUUGCCGCUCUCGUCGUCUGCGCCUUCGCCGCUCCUCAGCGCAUGGUGCUAUCCCGUUUGCCAUCUUCUGUCAUCCUGAACGGCAAAUACCUGCUGAUUCCAGACAACAAGAUCGUCGGUGGAACUGAAGUCGUGCCCAACUCGUUGCCAUUCCAGAUCUCCCUGCAGCGUCGAUACUUCAGUGGUUUCUCGCAUUCAUGCGGUGGUUCCAUCCUCAACGAGAACACCAUCCUUAAUGCUGCUCACUGUGUCGAAGGAAUUAACGAUGUCACCAUCUUCCGUGUUGUCGCCGGAGAACACGACUUAACCCAAGUCAGUGGCUUGGAACAAAACCGAGAUGUUAGCAGCUAUUUGAUGCACCCCGACUUUGAUACUAACACCUUUUUCAGCGAUAUCGCCCUUAUCUAUUUGACCACGCCAUUAGAUUUGAGCGUCCCAUCGGCUAAAGCCGUCAAUUUACCACCACCUGUCACAGAGUUUGAUCCACCUGCUGGAACAAUCACCACCGUUUCCGGAUGGGGAAAAACUAGCUCCGGUGGCAGCAUUUCCAAUGUCCUUUUGAGCGUCGAUGUGCCCAUCGUCGCCGACGCCGACUGCAACGCUGCUUAUGCUGGUCCAUUCGAUCCCAACCCUGUCCUCCCAUCCAUGUUGUGCGCCGGUGGCCAACCAGGGGGCGUCGACUCUUGUCAAGGUGAUUCCGGCGGCCCACUCUUCACAGGCACUGGAGCUGAUGUCGUCCAGCACGGUAUCGUUUCUUGGGGCCGCGCUUCGGGCUGUGCUUUGGCUGAUUACCCAGGCGUCUACACACAAGUGUCUUACUUCCUUGACUGGAUCGCAGCCAACACGCGCUAAAUGGGCUACUUUCGGGCUGUACCUUCACCUAUUUCAUCC